CGAUAAUAAUAAUAUUCAAAAUUUUGCUACAAUAUCAUAUAAGUCACCGUUAUUUGUAGAAAACGAUCUAACACUUCUCAUAAAUGAUUGACCAAAUGAUACACUUUAUUUUGCAACAGCAGGACUCGUCAUUGUAAAGAAAAAUAAUGGCAGACUGCUCCAAUAAAACAACCUAUUGGUUGGUGAUCAUUACCUUAUUAGUCAUGUAACAUAGAAUUUUUUUUUUUACAAUGCAAAUUGAAUAUAAGCAAAAGGCCAAAGCAAAAAAAAGAAAACACAACACAGGCAGCCUAGCUAUCAACUUGUGAGAGCCCCGAGAACAGAGACCAAAUAAAAAUCGAGACAGAACCAGUCCCAAGAGCGAAGAUCUGACCAUUGAUCACACGAAACAAGAUUUCACUAUUAGAAAAGUUUUGGUAUUGUAUUGGGGCUCCACAAUUACAAAGGAAAAUAAUUAUAUAUAGACCUGUACGAGAAGGGAGUCGACCGUUAUAGCAAUACCCUACCUAUUAGUGUGUGCAACUGUGCAUGCAAUCUCCAAUUCGGUCUACCUGCAAACCAAGAUGUCGGCCUUUUUAACAGAAUGAUCGACCAAUAGGUACUCCGGUCGACGACCUCGAUAUGUCAUAUAAUACAAAGUCGAGCAAUCCUAUUAAGGUAUGUAUUUCCGUUUCGAAAUCAGUCAACCUAUUGCAGCAAGCGAUUGACCCUUGUUUUCCGUCCUCUGUAAUAAUCUCAUGCAACAAGCAGCUGAAUGUAUCAUUUGACUGACCGUUUUGUCGAAAACAAUUAUUUUCUCCAGAGUUACAAUGACUAAAAAGUCACCAUAGGCAUACUACAUUUUUUUUAAUUAUAAAUUAUGUUAUUAUAUAUUCAUUACUCAUAAGUCAUCCCCAUGCCCUUUUCUAAAAAUAGUAUUUAUGCAAUCUAAUCAUAAAUACUCACAUGAUUAAAAAAUAGAUAAAAAAAUCAAAAAAAAAAUAUACUGGUCUACUGAAUGAGACAGUUCAAUAUAUAAUAUUGGUAAUGAGAAAAAUGUGGAGAAAGAAGGUGGUGAAGCUUCCUCCCUCCCAGCAACCGGGGACAAUGGAAUCUGAAAGCUCACUACUUAACUGAUCCACGUUCCUUAUAAAAACCUCACUCAUCAAUCAAACAAUCAAUCAAUCAAUCAACACAGAUCAGUUUCAAAGAAGAUCGAAGAAAAGAGCAAAGCUUCCAUUCGCAGCCAAACCCCAAAAGAAAGAAAGGAAAAAUGUGUACUCUGCAGAUUGAUGAAUCCCCCUUCCCUCUCUUCUUCGAAGACGGUCCUUUCUCCGCGCUGGAAUCCAUCCGCAAGCACCUCCUCGACGACGACGAGCCGCCGCCGACAGAGCUGGCCGCACAUAGCUAUACGGCGCCGUCACCGGCCCGGACAGAGAGCUUCCUAAGCAGCCUAAUCUCCGCCGCUGAUUGGACAGACAUUUUGUCGGAAUCAGCAAAUACGGCGCCGUUUCCGGCGGCCGUACUGCCGAAGAAGGCGUAUUACAAGGGAGUGAGGAGACGGCCGUGGGGAAAGUACGCGGCUGAGAUUAGGGAUCCGAAGAAGAACGGCUCCAGGAUCUGGCUCGGGACUUACGAGACUCCGCAGGAUGCGGCGCUGGCUUACGACCGAGCCGCUUUCCAGAUGCGCGGCUCGAAAGCCAAGCUCAACUUCCCUCAUUUAGUGGGAUCGGCUGAUUACGAGCCAGUUAGAGUCACCAACAGUAAGAAGCGCUGCUCGCCGGAGCCCUGCACGCCGUCGUUUUCGUCGGCCUCCUCGUCGUUGUUGUCUUUUUCGGAAAUGGAAUCUCCAAUGGCGAAGCGAAAUAAGUUGAGUAUGAUCGAGUCAUACCUCACUCUGGAGGAUGAAUGGGAUUUGACCUUCGCCGAUAGUCAAAUGCCAUUUGGCAACGGACUAUUGGUUGAUCAACAUUGCACAUUGUAAAAUUUAGAUUUGGGUCAUUUUUCAAAUUUGAGCAAGGAAAGAAUAUAAUAGAAUACUUUCACCUCCAGUUGACAGUACAUAUUUUGAUUACAGGUAAUGAGAAGUAGAGAGAUUGUGAUUUUAACAUCUUGAAGUUCCAUUUAUUUACGGUAUGGUUUUACAACAGUUAUUUCGUAUCAAAUAGUCUGGAAAAUCAAACGCAAUGAACGUGGCAAUGACGGAGCAAGAGAGAGAAGCAGAGCACCUUGCAGGUUAGGUAGCAAAUAGUCGAGUUGGAAUUCUUAGAGGUGUAUAUAUAUGUAGUUCAGUUCAUUCAACUUUUUGUAAAUUUCAAAUUCGAAUUAAUUGCAAACUUUGGUAAACACAGUCACUUCAAAUCCUACCCAAUAAAAAACAUAUGAGAAUCAACUGCUGCUAAACCUUUGGCUGGGUGAACUAUAUUGUGUGGAGAUUUGUGAUCAUUGUUUUGAAAACUAAGCAUAAAUUAUCAUUACCCGCCCCAUGGAAUGGAACGGCUGAUCAAUUAAGAAGUAAGACCAUACCGUUGUUAUGUCUUUGAAUUAACCAAUGUAAUAUAUUGUUUAAAGACAUCUAUUAUACUGUGAUGAGCUAUGGAAUGGAUCGAUUAAGAACUAAGACGUCCAUAUUAAUUAUGUUAUGAAUCAUUGCUUAAAUAGAUAAAUAUCUUACCAUAAUUGUAAGAUUCUAUUGUCCCGUAACCAUUGCCGCUAAAUGGUAAGGGAGAAACUGAUCAGUCGUAGGGGUGGCAUUUCGGUUAUAACCGAUAACCGAUCGGCCAGUUAUCAGUUAACCGAAAUAACCACUCUUCCUAUCGAAAACCGCUCGAAAUAGGCUUCAGUUUCUCGAUUAUCUCGGUUAUCGAUUAACCGACCCACUUUUAAGACCAAAAACCAUUUCGGCUAGACUCCGACAACCGACCGAAAUCCGGUUACUUCGAUUACCGGUUAGUGGAUAACCGAACGGUUAUCGGUUUAACAAACCGGUUAACCGGUAAUCGGUAACCGAACUGCCACCCCUAACAGAACCCACAGGCCAUAUGGACAUGGCGUCCGCAUCUCUUGAUUGUACCUGUGUUGACAGUCACAAAUAUUAUCAUACGAAUAUGGACAAAUUUUCGAGUUAAUACACCAGAUACCUACUCAUAAUAUAAAAAUAAAUUAAUAAUGCUUCCUUUCUUGUUAUCACAUGGGUAUGGCUAUUGAUAUCUGAUAUUUUACAAAGCGAAACAACCAUGUAUCUAUAAAAAAAAUUAUAUUUGUAAAGAAUUAUGAUGACAAUACUAAUCGAAACUUUGCUUCGAUGAUUUAUGAGUUAUUCUCAUUUGGAGAAAGCCAUCUAAGGCUUCCGACAAAUGACCAAUCCGGAUGAUACACUUACCUUGUCACAAAGAUACUUUUUAUAAUAACGGUUGAUCAAGGAAGGGUCUAUCAGUUGACCAUUACAUUAUCAGUCACGAAACAUGAUUUCACUACUAGUAAAGUUUAUGUGCUGUAUUGGGACGCACCACAGUUACAAAGGAAAAUAACGUUGAACCUACAUGAGAAGACGGUUGACUAGUAUAUCAAAACCCUAUUAGUGUGCAUGUCAUCAUAUUCAAUCUGGUCAACCUACAAACCAAGACGUCAGCCUAUUUGACGAAAUGUUCGACCCGACGGGUUCUCCGGUCGACCUCGAUAUGACAUACAGUACAAAACCAAGCAGUCCUAUUGAGGUUGCCAUUUACAUUGAUUUCGGUUGACCUGUAGAAUCUAAGCAACUAACUCUUUUUUUUUUUGUUCGUUGUAGUCUCAUGAAUCAAGAUAAGUGGUGUGUCAUCCAAUCGACGGUCUGCCAAAAACAAAUAGUUUUUCCAAAUGAAAGUCAACAUAAGCACACCAAUAAUUAAGUUAUGGCCAUUUCUAAAGAGAAUCUAUAUCUCCCCCCUAAAAAAAAUUGUGUAUUUAUACAAUCAAAUGAUAAAUAUUCG